AUGGCUUUCACCGGUAGACCGGCGCUCGAAGCGGUCGAUGAGAACACUGGCCUAGAUGCCUGGGCGGCAAAGGCGCUCGAUGGAUUAGCGCUCACGCCAACGCCCGCUGUGCAGCAGGAGGUCUCGCAGGACCCUUUCACCGAUAGGGCUCUGAGCCGUGCGCAACGACGCCGAGCGCGGGACGCCGAGUCGCCGACGCGACUCACGCAAGUCGCGCGACACGCCGGCCUCUACUUGAUUUCGCCGCUACAGAACGCUCUCAACCCGGAAUGCAAAGAUUUCGAUGCCGAGUUCAGACGGGCAUGGAUGAACCUUGAUAAACAAACGCGCCGGGAGAUCGAGAAUCAUUGCACCUUGCUCUAUAUCCGUUCUGAUUCAGUGGACGGACUCCGAGCUGCGUGCGCGGAUAAAUUCGCGCAGCUGCGGUCCAACAUUAUGUCACUUGCUCCGUCGGAGGAUAUCGUCUACACCGGUAAGGUUACAGAGAUGGGAAGAUCAUUGCCGCGUACCCUUACCGGUAAGGAUAACAGGCACUCACGGGGGGGAAUCGUGCGAGUCGACCAGACGGGCAACGAUGUCUACGUGUCGAAGUCGUUUGCGGGCGCUUCUGGAGGAAGGAUUUUCCUUUGCAUGGGUGACCGUAUCGAGUUCCGAAUCCAGAACCGCAAGGCCGUCGACGUCCGGCGUCUCGAGGCGUCCCCUCUCGCGCCGACGUGCCUGCCCACUCUCGCCGCGUCUCGCUCCGCCGCCGCGCCCCUGGAUGACGAUCUCCUGCGCGAGAUCGCGUUCGACGGGGGUCACCGCUCGCGCCAGGCGGACGAAGCGAGCGAGGUGUCGGGCGUCACGAUCUCGUCACGCGCCACCGCUGCCACGUUCGCGUCGCGCGCCACGAGCGCCUACACGGCGGUCCCGACGGCCCACGGAGCGGCGCGCAUGCAGCAGCGCGCGGUGGCGCUCCGCGAUCUCCAGACGGCCAAGAAAUACGGGACGAUUACACGGGCACGCGACGGCGCGCGGGGCGACAAGCGCUGGAAAAUCGAGUACGGGGGCCUCGUCUACAUCACGGACGAGCAGCAGAAAUUAGUGAUUACGACGUAUCAGUUCCAGCCUCGGGUCGACUCACUUUAUAUAGGUCCCGACCCGCCGCCGCCGUCAUACCCGCCGCCGAUAUACAUGCCGCCGGCACCGUACAUGCCGCCGAUAGUAGAAGGCUCGAUACCUCUAUUUCAGCCGCCGCCGCCGCCGAUGAUACUCCGUAGUACGGCGUGGCCGGUGAAGCCGCCGUUGGAAGUCAAGAUUUGCGCGGCGUGCGGUAAAUUGCUGCCCGAGGCGGCGUUUUCGAAAAAGCAAUGGUCCUGGAAGUCGCCAAAGUUGGUUGGGCGCCGCCGCUGCAAUGUGUGUGUGAAGUCCGCAAGUUGGUUGGGGCCGCUACCGCCGCUACCGGACGACGACUGA